AUGGAUGCUAUUGCGGAUCCCACGUUUCAACAUACUAAAGUAAAAUCUUCCCUUUCUGAAGAAACACCCUCCCUUCUCACGGUAAUUAUUGAUAUUACACCCAAAUUAUGGACCGAAUUGGACCAAGAAACAGAAGAAAAUGGGAGUCUAAUAAGUGUAUUGAAAUCAUUAAUAGUAUUCUUAAAUGCUCACCUAGCGUUUAAUAGUUCAAAUCAAGUUGCCGUGAUUGCCUCUCAUUCACAAGGUAUUAAAUACUUAUAUCCUCAGAAUACCAAAGGUAGUGAUGAGGAAAGUAGUUCGAAAACGAAGGAUCUCUCUAUUAUUAAUAAAGAUAUGUACAGAAGAUUUAGAAAUGUAGAUGAAACCCUUGUGGAAGAGUUAUAUACAUUAUUUGAAAAGGAACGAGAUCAAAUUGAUAAAUUCAAACAAAAAAGUACGUUAUCAGGAGCUAUGUCGGCGGGCCUGACUUACAUCAAUAGAUUAUCUAGGGAAUUAGAAGCUAUAUCAUUGAAAUCAAGAUUGAUGGUAUUGACAUGUGGUGGUAAAGGUGAGAGUAAAGAUGAAAUAUUUCAAUAUAUUCCGAUUAUGAAUUGUAUAUUCUCAGCUAAUAAGAUCAAAUGUCCAAUAGAUGUAGUAAAAAUAGGAGGAUCAGAAAGAAGCACAUUUUUACAGCAGACUACUGAUGCAACUAAUGGUGUUUAUUUACAUGUUGAAUCAUCAAAGGGGUUGAUCCAAUACCUUUCGACAGCGAUGUUUAUUGAUCCAUCUUUAAGACAAAUUAUUGUCAAGCCAAACCAUGGUUCUGUUGAUUUUAGAACAUCAUGUUAUUUGACCGGUAAAGUUGUUGCAAUAGGGUAUAUCUGUUCAGUUUGUUUAUGUGUCUUAUCGAUAAUUCCUCCAGGAAACAAAUGUCCAGCAUGCGAUUCGGAAUUCGAUGAGCAUGUCAUUGCAAAAUUGAAGAAGAAACCAGUCAUUGGGAAAGUUACAAAUAGAGUAACGAAGAAGCCAACGAAAAGUUAA